AUGACGAAAGUUCCUCUACAUAUAAACACAGUGUCUACCUACAUAAUGGUCAUGUCUGAAGACAUGGAGACACAUCGUGAAAGAUUGGAUUUGGUACUCAGUGAACUUGAAGAUGCUAACUUAAAGAUAAAACUUUACCAAAUAUUUAACUGCUGCAGCGUGGCCAAGAGCCAGUUUUUCAAAUCAUUCCUCUUGUCCUUGCAGGCACCCAGGCCACACUGGCACCCAGGUCACACUGGCACCCAGGCCACACUGGCACCCAGGUUACACUGGCACCCAGGCCACACUGGCACCCAGGUCACACUGGCACCCAGGCCACACUGGCACCCAGGCCAUGCUGGCACCCAGGCCACACUGGCACCCAGGCCACACUGGCACCAAGCCACACUGGCACCCAGGCCACCCUGCAGGAAGUUACAACUGUUCUCUGCACACUGUAACCACAUACCUCACCACCAUCACCAAAGAUGUAUGAAGUACAGGAAGACACCACCUCCAGUAUUUCAUUCCUCAUCAUCAGCCCAAGCGCUGGAGCCCUACAUGAACAAAUGUCAUGCCAAGAAUGCAGGCACCCAGGCCGCACACUGAAGAUCAUCAUACUUGGCCCUACACUGCUGCCAUAUACUCCACCACCUUCACUGAGGAGUUAUGAAGUGCAGGAAGACAUCACUCCUGCCAUCCUUCACUCAUCAUCAGCUCUGGUGUUCCAGCUCAGCAUGAAGAACGUCAUGCCACAG